ACUAUAACAAGCUUCAUUCGACUCGGAGACGGGUCUCGAAGCACCAAUAACCGUCAAGACGGAUCCAGAACGCCAGCCACUCCUCUAACGUCAAGCCUCCUACUCAGGCGAGGAGGGAUCACAACCUGGGCCAUCGCACGCCUCAGCAUCCAACCCCCCACGUCAUAAUAACAUCUAUUGCGGGGAUCACUCCUAUAGCCAAGCGGCUGCCUCUUCCUCGAGCUUCUUAAAGCCCGCCGCGGCCUCGACUGUCUACCAUUCCGCUGAAGAGAGUUCAUUUUCUUUCUUCGGUAAUAGUUCCAUCAUGGAGAAGGUCAAGAAUGGCAAGCUCGCCCACUAUGCGAACAAACUCGCGGUUGAGGGCGAGGAGGGCCUUACCUCGACGCAGCUUAUGCUGUUCAACCACGAUCUCAAGCCCGUCGAGCCUGCGCGAAGAGAAUGGGGUCCUUGGAAUUUCGUCGGUUUCUGGGUUGCGGAUUCGUUCAACAUCAACACUUGGAUGAUUUCGUCUGCACAAAUUGUUGACGGACUGUCGUGGUGGCAGUCGUGGAUUUGCGUCUGGGUAGCAAUCGCUGCGUGCUUUGUCGUCCUGACUGGUCGAAUUGGUGCACAAUACCACAUCUCCUUCCCAGUCGUAGGCCGCUCCUCGUUCGGCAUAUGGGGUGCCCUAUGGCCAGUCUUCAACCGUGCUGCCAUGGCUUGUAUCUGGUAUGGAGUCCAAGCCUGGAUUGGAGGAACCUGCGUCAUGCUGAUGAUCCGAUCUAUCUGGAAUUCAUGGCGUCCGGACAACAUCCACAACGGUAUCCCUAAUUCCGGCACAAACACCGUCGAGUUCGUGUCCUUCUUCCUCUUCUGGGCCGGAUCGUUACCCUUCAUCUACCCACCCGUCCACAAGAUUCGCCAUCUCUUCACAGUCAAGGCAUUCUUCGUGCCCACGGCCGGCAUCGCCUUCUUCAUCUGGGCCAUCGUCCGCGCAAAGGGCAUCGGCCCCAUCGUCAAGCAACCCGGCUCCAAGCACGGCAGCGAACUGGCCUGGCUCAUGAUCCGCGGCACCAUGUCGUCCAUCGCCAACUUCGCCACCCUCAUCGUCAACAGCCCCGAUUUCACGCGUUUCGCCCGCAAACCAAAGGACGCCCUAUGGUCGCAACUCUUCACCAUCCCGCUCGGCUUCGCCGUGACCUCCUUCAUCGGCAUCAUCGUGUCCUCCUCCUCGACCGUCAUCUUCGGCGAACCCAUCUGGAACCCUCUCGACCUCCUCAGCUCCUUCCUCGACGAAGGCGGCUCAGGCCAACGCUUCGGCGUCUUCGUCAUCGCCAUGGCCUUCACCCUCGCCCAACUCGGCACCAACAUCGCCGCCAACUCCGUCUCCGCGGGAACCGACAUGACGGCCCUCCUCCCUCGCUUCAUCUCCAUCCGCCGCGGCGGCUACGUGUGCGCCAUCGUCGGCCUCGUCAUGUGCCCCUGGAACCUCCUCUCCUCCACCAACAGCUUCACCACCUACCUCUCCUCGUACUCCGUGUUCCUGUCCUCCAUCGCCGGCGUCAUGGUCUGCGACUACUACGUCGUCCGCAAGGGCUACCUCGAAGCCAAGAACCUCUACUCCGGCAAGAAGACGGGACCCUACUACUUCUUCUACGGCUUCCAUCUCCGCGCCUACGCAGCCUACAUUGCGGGUAUCCUCAUCAACGUCGUCGGGUUCGCCGGCGCUAUCGGCCGCGAGGUCCCCGAGGCCGCGAAGCGCAUCUACGACCUCAACUACUUCUGCGGCUUCGGCGUCGCGUUUAUUGUCUACUGGUCGCUCUGCAAGAUCUUCCCCAUCCCUGCGACCAGCGACACGUGGUUGGAAGUUGGCGACGAGAUCACGGAUCUCAGCGUCGCGUACCAUGGUAGCGACGACGAUGUUGAGAGGUAUGGGUAUGGGGAGGAGGGUAUGAGGGGGGGUAGUGGGAAGGGUGGGAUCGUGGAGGAGUCGGUGCCGGGGAAGAACUUUUGA